UGGUGGUUUUGGUUUGCUGAUAGAUCUGUCAGAACUCAGAAAACGCAUCAUAAUCGAAUCAGAAAAAAGACACUAGCAGAAGCAGCGUGGCUGUAUAUUGUGAUUAUUACUGAUAAAAAUUGAUACUACUUUGAAGUGCAGAAGUUCCCUGACAUAAUGGAUUAUCAAAAGCGGCUUGAUAUGGCGGAAAUGUUCAAAGAGCCUCCGGAGUACAAACCACCGAGCACGGCCGAAGCAUUAUCGUUCAGUGUCGAUUAUCCGAAUCUGAAUUCCCUGCAGUACCGCAUGACGAACAAGCCGGUGCCAAACAUACUGCAUCCUUGCCUAGAACUUGCUGCACGUAACGUAAAUGGACAGGUCAUUGUGGCCGGAAAUGAUCUGAUGGGCCGCCGAUGGGGAUCCAGUUUUUACGGAUGGGAAAGCGCGGCCGAUGUUCUGACCGAGUCCAAGGUCAGUUUCAAACGACAGUGUCGGUACUGCAUUACGACAAUGCAGUUCACGAAGGACCCCAAUUUGUUUAUCAUAGGAACGGACAAAGGUUCGGUGGAACUGUGGUCUACCAGGAAUGAAGCCCGCGGUAAAGAUUAUUCUUUGUACCUCGUCGAUGCACAAUCCGAGCACAUCGAAGGUGUUUCCGCCAUGGAUCAAAUCGAAGAUGGAGAAAAUAAAUUGAUCACCGGUUCACAUGAUGGCUGUCUAAAAGUUUGGAAUUACGCGGCCGAUCUACAUUCGGUCAAAACCAUGACGAUGGCCCACACCGAUGCCAUAUCCGGAAUAUCUACCAAUAGGGAGGACGAUUCGGUUUUUGCUUCCUCGUCAUUAGACCAUUCCGCAUUGUUGUGGGAUUUACGCAAAACGCGACCUGCAUCCGCAUUGUUCGAAGGCCACAGUUUUGGUUUCACUACAGUGUAUUGGACCGGUCAGAAAGAGGCAAAUCGAAUAGUUGCUCUCGGUGAUGAGGCCGGCAAUGUUCACUUCAUCGACAUUCGACAACCGGACGCUCCUACGCAUUCCUUGAAGGUGUUCAACAAAAAGAUUCACAAAAUCUCGUUUAAUGGCACACACUUCGUUGUACUUGGAGAUACCAAUCAGGCUCGGUUUUACGACGAGAAUCUUGCCUUGCUGCACGAAUGUUCUCCAGCGAAAAACUAUCUCCGGGACGUGUUAUGGGAGAGUUGUGAUACGAAAUCUAGCUGUUGGCUAGUUGGAUGGGAUACUUUCUUCCAGAAGAUUGAAUACUGAAGAUGCUCAACAGUAACAAGCAUGGACAAACGCGUACGUAGACUCUCAUCAGCAUUUCCAAACAUAGGCUCUGCAAUUUUCUUCAUAUACACCCUCAUUACCUCAAAUAUGGAUAAUUAGCAACAAAACGGUCAGAAGCAAGAUUACUCGAAAGAAUCUCCCUCUGUCUCCAUAAAACUGAAUAAAAAUAAACUUUUCCAUUUAA